GUCGUCCAGGUGAUAGCUUGUGCGGUGGCGGCGCUUUUGAUCGACAAGGUUAACUUUAAUAAGUUACUGUGACACUCGAGUCGUGUUCCACAGAUUACGCGAUCUAUAAUUUAUCUAUUAGCCGGCUGGCAUUACGGCUGCGAUCGAAACGUUCGCAGCUAGGGCGUAAGCUACUCAUGAUGAUUUCCGAGGCGGUAAUGUGCGUUUGCUUAUCGGCCCUGGCCGGUUUCUUCAUCCUGAAGAGCUAUGAUCCGGAACGGGCGGAUCGGAUGCAUUGGCUCCCACUCACGUCGGUGUGCGUCUACGUACUCGCCUUCUGCUUCGGAGCCGGUCCAAUUCCCUGGGCUUACAUGGGCGAGAUUUUCCCUACGCGUUUGAAGGGCGCAGCGUCAUCCAGCGCGGCUUUCUUCAAUUGGUUGCUGGCCUUUAUAGUGACGAUAUGUUUUCCAAGCACAGUUAAUGCCCUUGGCAUUGCCAUGGUGCUUUUUUUCUUCGCCGUGGUGUGCGCCCUGGCCAUGUUCUUCGUGCUCUUCUUCAUGGUCGAGACUAAAGGGAAAACUUUUACGGAAAUUCAACAAGAAUACGGGACGCACAACGACAAUGGAGAGUAGGAUAAGAAUUUUUCCGAAAUGAAAUAGUAAGCCUCGGAGAGAUUCUUUGCAGACGGGACUAGCAUGCAAAUUUCCGGAUC